AGCCAGUGCCUGUAUUUCAAAUAGGGACUUGUUUGUAUUGAAUGCAGUUAGCUGUUUGUUGUGAUCUUGCUGAUUUUGACAACUUUUUGACCCCAGAGUUCUCAUUUUUUCUUUAUUUUUAAUGCCCUGUCGUCGAAUAGGGGUUCUUUUAUUGAUUGUUUUGGUUAACUCUGUGCCCUGUGGUUCACGUUCUCUGGUAAUAUUCAGAGAAAAAGAAAACAGGGGGUGUGUGAGAGUUAGUGAGUGAGUGAGUGAGUGAAAGAGAGAGAGAGAGAGACAGAAAGCUCUGAGCCACAGCAGCUGGUUUUCAGGUUUGAAGUUUUCACAGCCGUGACUGAAGAGCCACUGUACGUCCUAGCCUGUAAGAGGUCACUUAGUACCUCUGGCUGGAGAAAAGAGACUGCAAGACUUGACCCGAUGGGACAAGUAAAGGUUUAAGCAGCCCGGGGGACACCAAAAGGACACCGGUAGACACCAUGAAUCGCAAGGAGUCAAAGAGCAGCAGGAAGUCCCGUCAGGAUGGAGGAAGUGUGAUAAAGAGCAGAAGACCCGUGCAGAGGAGGAUGACAUGCCCCAUUCCUCAGGAUAUCAGCCGGGCUCUUCAAAAUCCAUCGGCUCAUUCUUCUUUCCGCUCUGCCAGCCUGGAUGAACUCAUCCUCCGCUGCCUCCACUGCUUCGACUCAGAUGGGAAGCUGAUUAGAGGGAUGCAGCUUGUCCAAAUGACCCUGAUGAUGCAUAACUGGGUCGUACCAUCACACAUCUUCGUCCAAAAGCUGCUUUCUCUAUAUCCUCUUCAAGCCCCACUGCUAAUAUUUUACUUUGACCUGAACCUUAAUUGAAAAAGAUAU